AUGUCUUCUUUGUUUGGUUUCGGUGCUGGCUCUGCUGCCAACGGUAUUACCAACCCCGCUAAGAUUGCUGCCGCUGAGGCUGAGCUCGACAUGGUCACCGAUAUGUUCAACAGACUUGUCGACUCUUGCUAUACCAAGUGCAUCAGCGUUAAGUACGAGGAGGGUGUUGUUAACAAGAGUGAAGCUCUGUGUCUUGACAGAUGCGUUGCCAAGUACUUCGAGGUCAACACCAAGGUUGGCGAGAACAUGCAAAAGGUUGGCCAGGCUUCUGGCGGUUCUGGCUUCAUGGGCAGACCAUAA